GGGAGCUGGCGGCGGAAUCCAGGUGAAGGGUAACUCGGCCUCUGGCCCGGCCGCGGGGAGGAGGGGAGAAGCUGGGGCGCAGCGGCGGCGGCCGAGGGAGGCGAGCUCGGCUGACCCCCCCGGCAGUCGCGGCCUGGGAGGCGACCCUCACCCCCGCAGGCAUUUGGUCAAGUGGUAAGCAGAGUACACCCAGCUAGAAGAAAAGUAAGGACAGGGUCAUCAUGGCUUCAAUUUCUACCCAUGGAAACCAAGAUAAAGGCCACCACUUGCCACCACCAAGCAAGCAGAGCCUGUUAUUUUGCCCCAAAUCAAAACUCCACAUUCACAGAGGAGAGAUUUCAAAGAUUAUCCGAGAAUGUCAAGAAGAAAGUUUCUGGAAGAGAGCUCUGCCUUUUUCGCUUGUAAGCAUGCUCAUCACCCAAGGACUAGUCCACCAAGGUUAUUUAGCAGCUAAUCCAAGAUUUGGAUCAUUGCCUAAAGUCGCACUUGCUGGUGUCUUGGGAUUUGGCCUUGGAAAGGCAUCAUACAUCAGAGUGUGCCAGAGUAAAUUCCAUUCCUUUGAAGACCAGCUCCGUGGGGCUGGUUUUGGUCCAGGGCAUAACAGGCACUGCCUGCUCACCUGUGAGGAAUGCAAAACCAAGCGUGGGUUAAGUGAGAAAGGAAGUUCACAGCCCUCAGCUUCCUAAACUUUAUAGCUAUGACUUUUGAAGUUUCUUAAGCCUCUGAAUUUGUACACAUUUAAAAUUUCAAAUGUAUCUUAAAAUAACAAAUUAUAGAACAGAAAUAUUAUGAUUCCUACUCUACUAAAAUGCUUUUUGAUGAAGGCUCUCAAUUGAAUCUCAGAGGCUUUUUAUCAGCACGCUACAUGUUUUUCUGCUACUUAAGAACUUGUUGGGAGUUUUCAUACACCAAAAAGAAAUUAUGUUGCACCCUAAUUUACUUGCAGAUGAGUAAAAAAUUUAGAGCCUUCUUUGAUUAGCUCACACCCUUUUUUUCAUUCUGCAUUUUUUCUGUGUUCUAAGUUCUCUAAUGGAAGACAGGAGUGACUAUUGAAGAAACUGGGAAGUCAUAACCCCAUUUCUAAAAUAUAGGGGCCGUGAUUUUUAACUUAAAGUAAUGAAAAAUAUUUCAUUUGAAAGGGUCACAGUAUGAAUCAACUGUCCUUUUGAUGCUCUAGGUGACUUUAUGUCUCAUUGGUAUGGUGGAAUGUGGAAAUGUCCCAUUGUCUGUAGUCACCUGCUUGACUAAAAGGUACAUUCUCAUGGACAGUACUCAAGAACCAGGUUUUUAUACAUACUACUAGUGGCCUGAAAGAAGAAGCACAAUUUCCCAAACCAUCCUCCCUCUUCUUCCUAAGGAAUAGCUUAUUUAUAGGAGGAAUGACUGGAAGAAUUAAUUCAUACAAUCAUAAAUUCCUGGGGUUUUAGGGAGCUCAGAGGCAGCCAUUCCAGCUAGCACUUUCCUAUCCUCCUGCUGGGUGUUUGCAUGGAAAAGAAAAAAAACCACCUAUUGGGAACUUUUUAUUUUUGGCAGGUUGUCUAAGCCUUAUAUAAAAACUUCUUUUGCAACUUCUCAGGAAAGUGCUUUAUAUAUGUGUCACCCUUUAUAUUUAGUGUAUGUUUGUGAGUAUGUGUAUACACAUUUAUGUUUUACUCAAUACAUCUUGAAAUCUGUAUUCUGGAAGUGAGAAGGGGAACCUCAUCCAAAGUUAAUACCCAAUGUGAAAUAGUUUAAACAUUUAAAAAAUUUGGAAGUCUUCAUUUUUAUGUGAACAUUAAGCAUGUGAAAUGCAGUGAUUUUGACUAAGUCUUUUUUAUAGUAUAUAAUCUGUUUUAUCAGUUGAUAAAGUUCUGUUUCUGUAAAUCAUAACUUGGAGCCAAUAUCCUAGCUUUUUGGAUGCAGUUUAACUCUUGGCUCUGACAACCAGCAAUUGGUGACUCUUUGUUAUCUCAGCUAUUGGCAAAAAUUCAGAAUUGGGUACAUUUGUUUUCUGCAUCCCAGAAAAUGAUUUCCCAGGGAUCAGAACAUUUUAAGCACAGCAAGUCAAUGUUAAAAUCUGUCUCGGGGCCCUGGGAAGAGAUGAGUCUACUAUUGUUGAGGGGGAACAUUCUUUACUGCUGACAUCUAAAAAGUUCUUCUGCAUCAAAUUGGGUUUACUGUUUGGGCCCUUUGCUUUUCCUAAAUAAACAACUUACUCAUUAAAGCAGUAAUCUUAGUGUGAAAGGAAAUCGAUAAAGAAAAAACUGAAAGGUCAUCCAAGAAGUCUUGUUUAUUCUGCUGCUUAUCUUUUUUAUCUAUUUAGAAAGCAGAUAUCUGGGAGAGAAUAUCUGUUCCUAGUAGGAAGAUGUGUUAAGGUACAACAUCUGUAUUUUAGUAUUUAGAAAUUACCAACACUCAUCACCAAGCUGGUCAAAAGUUUAUGGUAGCAAUAACUUCAUGAUGAAAAAUGUUGGCAGAAACCAGCAGGAUAAAGUUGCAGAUAAACUUGCAUGAAUUGUCAAGACAAUGUGGUGAAAGUUGGAUGUCUAACCAACUUUACUUGAAAUUUUUCCCUAUUAUGAUAUGUACUGAUAUUCUAGAGUGAAGAAAAAUGGAAAAUAUUCCAUUACUUUGAAUUUGAUUAAUGGAAUUUAAAAUGUAACCUUAAGCUACUUUAUGAAUGUACCUAUAAGAGACAAAUUUGAUAUAUGGAAUCAACAAUACUGUCUAACACAUUUGUAGUUUAUCUGGACAACAUAGUAAAGAAUCAUAACAAAGGAGAAUGGUACUUAUGAGAAUAAGGAAAAUCUUUAUCCCAGAAAAUGACACCAAAAUGAUUUACUUUAAUAUUAUGCAUCCUUUAUGCCCUCCGGUGAUGCCUGGAAGUGGGUUUCUGUCUUGGGUUAUGCAUGAGUAGAUCUUCAGAAAGGAUUCCAUCAAGAUAUUUUUUUAUUGUAAGGGAUUGAUCAAAUGUUCCACCCACUGUUAACUAAGGUGGUCAUUUGUUUGUAAAUGUUGCCUCCGUUUGUGUGAUCCUGGAAUUCAAAAAUUAUUGCUGGAAUUAAACUGUAUUCUGCAUGAAAUGUAAGCUUCACAAUUAAAACAAUAAACAUUUUGUGUCUGUU